UAAUGGUAAUGUAUGUUAAUAAUAUAAUAUAUAUUUCUUAAAUGAAGAUAAUGUCUUUGUGCUUUUGGAUAAAAUACAGAACCUUCAACGAAUGAUAAGCUACUAAAGGAGUUCCUAUUUUAAAAGCGAAAAACGCUGGUUUAUGCUUUCGACGUUGCUCAAAUCGAUCGGCAAUGAUAAUGCUAUAAUAUACAUAGAUAGCACGUGCCUGGCACAUUGCCGUUUGUAGGACGAUGAAGGAGCAUUUUAUAAAGAUCCCAAGGAGACUUCAAUAGCGUUAAUAUCCUUCGGUGGGUGACAAACGAGGGAACGGCACCGCGGGACGUCCGGCGUCCCGAUGCCACACGACGAAUUAUCUCACCUCCGGUUGAAUAUUUGUGAAAAAUCGCCGAUACCGUGACGACGCGUUACUCCGUUGAUCAACAAAAGACUUCGAUUUCGGAGAGUAAUUAAGGCUAUGAGUUCUUUUCUCGGUCCUUCGUAGUAUGAGUCAAUUCAUAUAUACUGGCAAUAAUAUAUUGACAAAUUUCUUAAUAAUUAACAAUCAAGAAUACAAAUCUGAGAUAAAAGUUUGAGAAUAUUUUUAUUUCAGUUUGAUUAUUUUUUUUUACAGCUCUGACGUAACCAGUUCUACAAUUUAAAUCCAUAUCGAAUCCAGAGUACGAUAACCCGAAUGACUUUGGAUUUUUACGUGUAUAAUCUACAUAUAAAAUACGAUCGUACGGUACAUUAUCAAAAGGUAUAUCAAACUCCGCCCUCCGGAAGAACGCCGCCCCCGACAUGCGCCGAGGUAUCGUCGCCCCUAUCCUGUUUCUCACCUGUAAUCACGCGCGUAAUCUUCCUCGGGGUAGUAAGACUUGGUCUUCCUCGAGGCAUAUACAAACCUAUCGGUUACACACUGCAGUUUAACUCCUUUGAAAUAGUACCAGAAAAUUUCUUAAGUCAGUAUUAAAAAUUGAUUUAAAAUAGAUCGUUCGAAAAUAAGUGAUUGUGAUGUCUGUUUGGGACGUUAUGCAAGACGUGCCAUUAGAUUUGAGUUUUCGCGGAACUGAGAAAAAAAUUAAUUUGACGGAUACUUCGAAAUUUCAGCGACGUUUGCCUUGUCAAACUUGCGGAAAAAAUUUUGAUAGACCGUCUCUCCUGAAGAGACAUUUGCGAACGCAUACAGGUGAAAAACCACAUGGUUGCAAAGUAUGUGGCAAAAUGUUUAGCACCAGUAGUUCUUUAAACACACAUGCAAGAAUACACACUGGAGAACGACCUCACGAGUGUCCUAUUUGUGGAAAACGUUUCACAGCGUCUUCGAACUUAUAUUAUCAUCGUAUGACUCAUUAUAAGGAAAAGCCACAUAAGUGUAACGAAUGUGGCCGUUCAUUUCCAACUCCUGGAGAUCUCAGAGCACAUGGAUAUUCCCAUACCGGAAACUGGCCAAUGAGAUGUCCUGUAUGCAAUCGAGGAUUUUGCAAACCAGGAGCAUUACAUCAUCAUAUGCAGCUACACAACGGCGAUCGGCCCUAUCAGUGCACAGUGUGUGACAAGAAAUUUUCGAUUAUUGGAAAUUUGCGAACACACGAGCGAACACAUCAUUCGCAAUUUUCUAUAGUUAAUUUAAGAGAUUCUCCAAACGUUGAAACUACGAUUUCGAGAGUUGAUAAUGCAAGAUUUGAAUUUUUAAAUACGAACGCACUUCACUUACCUUCUACCAUUUUUCCGUGGACUUCAUGGCUACCCUUGCAAUACUAAUAUGUAGAUUGUAUUUUAUGAUUGGUACGAAAAUGUCUUGCAUAUAAAUUGUAAUUAUAAAGUAAACGUUUAUAUACACAUCAUUUAUAGUAUAAUGAAUUUGUUGGGAAAAGAAUGAAUUAGGUACAACUUGGAUUAAAUGGAAAAGAAAAAAAUGUAUUUAUUUGCAUAUAUUAGCUAAAUAUAUAUAUUUUCGUUUUCACAUAAAUCUUGAUUUUCUUUGAAUUAAUUUCAUUUCAUGAUAGUUUUUAUGUAAACAAAAAAAAAAAAAAAAAAAAAAAAAAAAAAAAAAAUACAAAGUCUGUUUCUUUAAACAAACGUAAAUGUGUAUUUAUACAUGCUACAAUAAUUGUAGCGUAUACCGAUAAAUAGAAACAAAAUAUUUGUAGCAUCUUAGAUGGAAAAGAUCUUUAAUUAGCGCUAAUGUCAUUUACAGUUACUUUUUCUUGACUCAUUUCUAUGUCAUCAAUCGCCGGUUCUACUUGCAUUUCUGUCUCAGAUUCGAUUAAAUAUUUUUCGUUUUCGGUAGAUUCUUUCGGAUCUGGAUCAACAUCCAUCUUCUCAUCAAUUUUAUCCGAUUGUUCUAAUCCUUUUUUUUCAACUUCUUUUGAAUGAGUAUUAUUAUCGCCGGUAUUUGUUUUCGAUACAUCAGCAAUAGUUUCUUUAUUUUCGACAAGCGUGUCAUGAGCUGCGGAUUGUGCAGCCUGUACUUGAGGUGACGUAUCGUGUUUUAAUAUUUCACGUAACGCCAUUGUGGCAUAUGUACUUGCUCCUAAACUCAUUUCUACUAUUAAUGCUUUAUAUUUUCCAUCUGAAAGUAAUCGUAUCGUAACGAAAAAUCGCUAUGAAAAAAAAAGUAGCAUAAAAGUAGAAGUUAAAAAAUAAAUAUACUUUACGUACCAGGAUCAUCUUUCGGAGGAGUAACUUUUUUUAUUUCAUCAAUGUCACUCGAAAUGAGAUCAUCAUGCUUAGCUUUAUAGCGCAUGAUUUUCCAAGAUAAGUCUAAUGGAAUUUGUAAUAUUUUUCUAUAAGCUCCACCCAAACUAUAU